AUUUUUACGAUGUCGGUAAUCAACACGUUUGUGGCGAUGUGGCGGUUCCUGCUGACCCUUGGCCCCUCGGCCAUGGUCAUCCUGCUCCUGAACAAGGGAAUCAUCGACAAGAGACCGGAUAUUGUGGACGAGCCGCAUCGCGUUCGCUCGAUAAAUAUCGGAGAUCUACGGAGUUCCUACGAUUUUAUCGUGAUUGGCGGUGGUACGGCGGGUUGUGUUUUGGCCUCAAGACUCUCGGAGAAUCCGGAAUGGAGUGUUUUGCUCUUGGAGGCUGGCGGGGAUGAGCCCCUGCUAAUGGAUUUGCCGCAGUUAUAUCCGGUAUUCCAGCGCAGCCCUUGGGAUUGGAAGUACUCCACGGAACCCUCGGAUCGAUACUGUUUGGCCAUGGAGGAUAAACGUUGCUUCUGGCCCAGGGGUAAGGUUCUUGGGGGCUGCAGCUCCAUCAAUGCCAUGAUGUAUAUCCGCGGAAAUAGGCGGGACUAUGAUCACUGGUCGGAACUGGGAAAUCCUGGCUGGAAUUAUGAUAACAUUCUGCACUAUUUCCGCAAGGCAGAGGACAUACGGGUUCCGGGCUUCGAGCAGAAUCCCUACCAUGGUCACGGUGGACCCAUCACCGUGGAAAGAUAUAGGUUUCCCUCGCCACUUUUGAAUGUUUUCAUGACGGCCGCCCAUGAGAUGGGCAUGGUCAACCCGGAUGGAGACUUCAAUGGUCGUUCUCAGACGGGAUUUGCCCCACCCCAUGGAACUUUGAGGAAUGGACUGCGUUGCAGUGCCAACAAGGGUUACCUUCGUCGCAGUUGGCAGCGUCCCAACUUGGAUAUAGUCCUGAAGGCCUUCGUGGAACGCAUCCUGAUCGAUCCGCAAUCCCAUCGAGCCGUGGGAGUGCUCUUCGAAUACGGUCUUCUCAAGUAUUCGGUCAGUGCCAAAAGGGAGGUGAUCCUAUCCGCCGGCUCCCUGGCUAGUCCGCAACUUCUGAUGGUCAGUGGCGUGGGUCCCAGGGAGCAACUGGAGCCACUGGGCAUCCCGGUGCUGCAACAUCUACCCGGAGUGGGUGGCAAUCUCCAGGAUCACGUAUCCACCUCGGGAGCCAUCUACACCUUCAACAGUGGUCAGAACCGACAUCUGUCGUUCAUUGUCCCCGAGAUGAUGAAUGAGCAGGCGGUGAAGGACUUCGUCCAUGGGGCCGAUAGCUUCUUCUACGCCAUGCCCGUGAGUGAGGUGAUGGGCUUCUUCAGUACUCGCUACCAGGAUCCCCGGUUGGAUUGGCCAGAUGUCCAGCUGUUCAUGGGUAGCUAUAGCUAUGGAGCCGAUGGUGGAAUGAUUGGUCGCAGGGGAGCUGCCAUCACACUGGACAACUAUGCCGAGACCUUUGAACCAGUGCUAUAUCAGGAUUCCUUUGUGAUAGCUCCGCUGCUGAUGCGUCCACGCUCCAGGGGAUAUCUGCAGAUACGCUCGGCGGAUCCCAAAAUCCAUCCGCUGAUUCAUGCCAACUACUACGACGAUCCCCUCGACAUGGCCGUGAUGGUGGAGGGCCUGAAGAUGGCCCAUCGCCUAACCCAAACGCCGGUGAUGCAAUCCCUGAACGCCACCAUGAACAUCUACGAGUGGCGCAAUUGUCCCGAGGUGGAGUACCUCAGCGACGCCUUCUGGGAGUGCCUGGCUAGGUUCUACUCCCAGACGAUCUACCACCCAGUGGGCACCUGCAAGAUGGCGCCCGCUUCGGAUCCCGGCGGAGUGGUGGAUCCCCGAUUAAGAGUUCGGGGAAUGCGGGGUCUGCGGGUCAUCGAUGCCAGCAUUAUGCCCACUAUUCCCACGGGAAAUACCAAUGCUCCCACUUUUAUGCUCGCGGAAAGAGGGGCGGACAUAAUUAAGGAGGAUUGGCAGCACUAUAGAGAUGGCGGUUGGAGUUAGGUUCUAUAAUAUCACAUCUUUUUUUAUAUCGCUUACAAAAUUAAAUAAUUUACAACAUACAAUCACAGUGGAAUUUAAAAUUUCUUUAAUUUACUGUAUCACGCAACAAGAGGAGAACCUUUAUAAAUAAACAUUUCGUGGGAAGAUAUUUAUGGAAAUGAAAAGAAUACGAUCUUGCAACCUAGAUAAGCCCUUCGAGUGGUAAUAGUAAAUUAAAUGCAUGCCUUUAUAAUGGGACACAUAUGGCAUUGGGUAUUUGCCUGGGAGUCAACGAAGUCAGCCACUGUGAUUAGCAAUCCAUAUAUCAAUUGGAACCAACCAUAUAAUGGAGAACCAUCCAUUGUUGGCAUUCCCCAGGUCAGCUAAUUUGCUUUGGUAAUGAUCUUGGCAUUCAUUUGACUCUUGGUGCAGUGAGUUUCCCAUUUUCAAAUCAAUUCAUUGAAUUUUUCAUUUAUGCUUUUUUCUCUUUACAACUGCGAUCAAUUGAAAUAACAUUUCCCAGCGCUCUGAACUUUUGCAAUUUUGUAGUGAUUAUUUGUAGCGAUUGUUUAACUAUUCGGUUUACUAUGAGAGUAUAUUAGUCUGGGGGCUGUUUGCGACAUAGAUAUAAUAAUUUUAAAAAUUCAUAACAGU